GGGAGGCAGAGAUCAGAGCCAGCGACUGCGUUUGCAACGAGCACCCUCAUUCCAUCCGCCUCAGGACACGUGCGCUCCCUCCCUGUUACCUCUGGCCGGCGUAUAUUCCAUCGAGUCUCUCAGGAGGGUCCCUUUUCAAGCCAGGAGAGUGCCAUGAUUGACACGCCCAACGGACCAUUUCCUUUCGGUGAGCAUGAUGUUGAAAACAGACAUAAUCUUUUAGCAAAACUCCCCCCGACGGAGUACUGCAACCAGUUAAAGGAUCUAUAUCUCAAGUCAAUUGCGCCCCCCUACGUUUCACGAACGGCUUCGCUAGCAUGGCUUGCUCUCCUCUUUACUAUCCUAGGCACAGCUGUCCUCACACUGGAAAAUGACAGCCCUUUGCUUGGGACUCUCAGCCGCAAACCUACCCCUUGGGAUCGAGUGACAGAACUUUCGGAGCGGUAUUACACCGCUGCGAUGAAAUGCCUCGAAGCAGAUCGCUAUCUCUGCCAUGGCCAAACAUGGACUCUUCUGGGGCUGGUUUAUCACCUAGCGCUCUCGAUCGGUUGUCACGUUGAUCCGGCCACAUUUUCCUUGGAUAUUGUCGAAGCCGGUAUCCGAUUCGAAAAUCACGCCUCUUUCAGAUAUCCUCGGAGAUCUGUGACCCCGGUCUAG